CUCGCCGCCAUUUUGUUUGUCCGUUGCCGCCGCCGUCGCUACCGUUCGUCUCGUCGUUGCCGUCGAGGAACCCGCAGCAGCCAUGGCGUACCGCGGGCAGGCACAGAAAGUACAGAAAGUGAUGGUGCAGCCCAUCAAUCUUAUUUUCAGAUAUCUUCAGAAUAGAUCCAGAAUUCAAGUCUGGUUGUAUGAACAAGUAAACAUGAGGAUAGAAGGCUGCAUCAUUGGGUUUGAUGAAUACAUGAACCUCGUCCUGGAUGAUGCAGAGGAAAUUCACAUGAAAUCAAAAGCAAGGAAACCGUUAGGCCGUGUUAUGUUGAAAGGCGAUAACAUUACCCUACUUCAGAGUGUCACCUCCUAGGACUGGCGUCCCUCAGAAUUGGCUCUACCCAUACCUGUUCCACGUACUAUGAUAUGUGUACUUGGAUUUUUUUUUAGGGUCGCAAUUUGUGUGUGUUUUUUUAGUAACAUUCGUUUUGUGCAGUUCGGGGCAUUCCGUCAAACAGAAUAAAUUUUGACUUCCUUUUGUAUAAGUCGAUUACUGAAUAAAAGUACGCAUUGU